AUGGUUGUGCCCAUCAAGGCGCCCGACGGCACUGCCCCGCCUCCCGCCACUACCGACGUUUCUGCUCUGGUCGCCACGGCUUUCUCGGCCAAGACGUCGUCGGCCUCGAUUGACGCCUGCUACGCUCUGUGCGACCUCCUACUCGCCUCCUCGGUCGGCUUCCGCGGUCUGCAGCAGUACGGCGUUGUCGCCGAGGCCAAGAAGGCCGCGGCCGAUAAGAAGAGUGGCCUGCGCCGCGAGGGGGCCCAGAACCUCCUCGGUGCUGUAUUCGAGCGUUUCCCCCUCCGCCAGCCCGCCAGCGAGGUCGCUCUCCUUCUCCAAGAUGGCGGCUUGGUUGCCUGUGCCCUCGAUGCCCUUGCCGACAAGGGCAGCGUCGUCCGCGAGGCUGCCCAGUACGGCCUCGAUGCCCUCUUUGCCAACUUGAGCCCCGAGGCUCUGGUUGUCAGCCUCCUGCCUGCUCUCGUCGAAUACCUGAAGAAGGCCGGCGGCAAGUGGCAGGGUGUUGUGGGUGCCUACCUGAUGAUCCAGAAGAUGGCCGACAAGGCCAAGAUCAGAAUCGGGAGCACAAAGGAAGAGUCCGAGAUUGGUGACAUCUUGCGCGAGAUUAUGGGCAACAAGCUUGCCAGCCUGAUCCCCGUCGCCGAGGGCGGCAUGCUCGACAUGAAGUCUGAGGUUGAGAAGCAGGCUCUCAAGACCAUGACUUCUCUCGCCACCCUGCUGUCCAACGACGAUGUCGCUCCCCGCAUCCCCCUCCUUAUCGAGACCAUGCACAACCCUUCUUCCGAGGGCCUGCAAUCGGCCAUCCAUGCACUUUCGCAAACAACCUUUGUCGCCAUUGUCACCUCCCCCGCUCUGGCCCUCCUCACACCCUUCCUCGAGCGCUCCCUCAACAGCCCCAACACCAGCCAAGAAGUCCUCCGCCAGACUGUUGUCAUUACCGAGAACUUGACUAAGCUGGUACACGAUCCCAUCGAGGCCCGCGCCUUCUUGCCCAAGCUCCAGCCCGGAAUCAAGAGCGUCGUUAACAGAGCUUCCCUCCCCGAAGUCCGCGAGCUCGCAACUCGCGCUCUCGCCGUCAUGGACAAAGCCAUGGCGACCGACAAGGAGAACGUCAUUGAGCGCAUCUCGGGAGCCGAUGUCGCCAAGGUCCUCGAUGCCGAGGUCAAGAAGUAUGGUGGUGUUGGGGGCGACCAGGACUUUUACAAGUUGCUGCGCCCCUAUGUCUGCGACAUGGUCGCCGAGGAUGUCAACCACCGCUUCGUGCGCCGCAUUUCUGACAGAAUCGGCCCCUAUCUCCAGCCGUUGAUGAAAUCUGCGACCGCUCACGAAGCCGUGGCUGCCGCGGUCCAAAACUACUACAUCAAGGAAGAUGAGCGCAAGUUCGGUGUCCCAGAGAAGGAGGACGAUGGCGAGACGGAAAUUGUCAACGCCGACUUUUCCUUGGCAUAUGGCGGCAUGCUUCUGCUGUCCCACACAAACCUGCGGCUGCUCAAGGGCCACAGAUACGGCCUCUGCGGCAGGAACGGCGCCGGAAAGUCGACGCUGAUGAAGAGCAUUGCUUCGGGCAAGCUCGAGGGCUUUCCGUCCCAGGACGUGCUCCGGACGUGCUACGUGGAGCACAACCAGGGCGAGGAUGCCGACAUUAGCAUUCUCGACUUUGUCGAAAAGGACCCGACCAUCGCAAAGGAGGGUCGCGAGAGGAUAUCGUCUGUCCUUGAGGAGUUUGGCUUCACAUCCGGCCCCGAAGGCAAGCAAUCGCAGAGAGUCGGAUCGCUGUCCGGUGGUUGGAAGAUGAAGUUGGCCCUCGCCCGCGCCAUGCUGCAAAGAGCCGACGUCCUCCUGCUUGACGAACCUACCAAUCACCUCGAUGUGGCAAACAUCAAGUGGCUCGAGGAGUACCUCAAGUCGCACACCGACAUUACCAGUUUGAUUGUGUCUCACGACUCCGGAUUCCUCGACAACGUCACGACCGACAUCUAUCACUACGAGCCCAACAAGAAGCUGGGGCACUACAAGGGCAAUCUGAACGCAUUUGUCAAGGUCAAGCCCGAGGCCAGGAGUUACUACACUCUGUCCGCCUCGACAGUCCAGUUCAAGUUCCCUCCCCCGGGAAUUCUCACCGGUGUCAAGUCGGCAACUCGUGCCAUUAUCCGCAUGAGCAACGUCUCCUACAGCUACCCGAACGCGCCAAAGCCGUCUCUGGCUGACGUGUCUUGCCAGCUGACGCUCUCGUCCCGCGUGGCUAUUAUUGGCCCCAACGGUGCCGGCAAGUCGACGCUGAUCAAGCUUCUUACGGGCGAGACUAUCCCGACCGUUGGCAGAGUUGAGAAGCACCCCAAUCUCCGGAUCGGGUACAUCAAGCAACACGCCCUUGAGCACGUGGAGAUGCAUCUAGAGAAGACGCCCAACCAGUAUCUGCAAUGGCGCUACCAGCACGGCGAUGACCGCGAGGUUCACAUGAAGCAAACUCGCGUUCUUUCCGACGCUGAUAAGGAGCAAAUGGAUAAAUAUGUCGACCUUAAGGACGGCAAUGGCGCUCGUCAGAUCGAGUCGCUGGUCGGUCGUCAAAAGUACAAGAAGACGUUCCAAUACGAGGUCAAAUGGCGGUUAAUGCUGCCCAAGUACAACUCGCAAAUCUCGCGUGAGACGCUUCUGGAUCUUGGCUUUGCCAAACUUGUCCAGGAAUUCGAUGAUCACGAGGCUUCUCGUGAGGGUCUGGGCUACCGGGAGCUGCAGCCGUCUGUCAUCAGCAAGCACUUUGAUGACCUUGGUCUGGAUCCCGAUAUCGCCAACCACAACGAGAUUGGCUCUCUCUCUGGUGGUCAGAAGGUCAAGGUCGUGAUUGCCGGCGCCAUGUGGAACAACCCGCAUUUGCUUGUUCUCGACGAGCCGACCAAUUUCUUGGAUCGCGACUCGCUCGGCGGCUUGGCCGUUGCCAUCCGCGACUUCAAGGGAGGUGUCGUCAUGAUUUCCCACAACGAAGAGUUCGUCGGCGCCCUCGCCAGCGAGCAGUGGCACGUCAACGACGGACGCGUGACGCACCGCGGCACCGCGGCUAUCUCGCUCGACCGCUUCGACGACAGCAAGCCGGCCAGCGCCGUGACCAGCGGUCUUAACACGCCCAACAUGAGCAGCGUCCAGAGCAGCGCCGUCAACAGCGGCGUCGAGGAUAACGGCAUCACGGACGAAAACAUGAAGUUCCGCGCAAGGAAAAAGAAGAAGAUGACCAAGAAGGAGGUCAAGGAGCGCGAGGUGCGCAGACGCCUGCGCCAGAUCGACUGGCUCAACAGCCCCAAGGGCACGCCCAAGCCCCUCGACACGGACGACGAGGCUGAGUAG